AAUGCAAUAAUUUAACAGCGUGAAUAAACGGCAGGUGACCGACGAGUCAGAAUAUAAAACGCCGCGCGACAACAAAACAAAACUCCAAAACACACAACACAAACUCAGAAACACACGCACAGUGACAAUCAUUUCUUUCCUUCCAGAUCCAACUCUAAACUGCAAUGGGAACAGAAGAUUCCGAUAUCUGUAUCAUCAAGGAGCCAGAUAGUGUCAUAGUCUAUUCCGAUGGCAUUUCCCGUGAUUUAGGUCAUGAAAGUGCUGAUCAUCACAAUAUUACAGAGUCUUAUGAACAUUUCAAUGAGAAUACUGAACAUCAUAGUUCAGAGGAGAGCACAAAGGAAUAUGAGGUGAAGGAAUGUACAACAGAAGUUUCUGUUAAGACCUCCAAUGUCUCUACUAUUGAAACACGCGAGAAGUUGCCCUCAGAUUUUGAGGGUGUCAUCAGUGAGAAAAGUUCAAAAUCUCAUAAAACAAGAGGUAAUCACAAGCCACAAGAUACUGGGAAGCAUGGAUCUAGACCUUCUGCUGGGAAUCUUCAUAGUAGGAAGGCAGGUGGUGUUCAAGUCAGGCCCACAGUUCCACAACCAUUUUCUCUAGCAACUGAGAAGCGUGCCACUGGUGUAGCACGUCCUACUUUUGAACAAGAUAACAUGGGUAGUAAUGCGAGAAAAUCAUUUAAUCGAAAAAAUGUGCUAUCUCCCAAUAUACUCAAGCAGAAUCAGUUGAAAUCACCUUUAGAUUCAAGAAAGCCGUUGCGACCUGAUAGCAGUAAGCAUGCUGAUGAGGACGAUUCUUGUUCGAUUACUUCUAUAGGUGCAGCUUCUGUGCAGUCAUUCAAGUCCAGGGCUACUGUUGCUUCUGCUCCACUGUUUCGGUCCACUGAACGUGCAGAAAAAAGGAAGGAGUUUUAUUCGAAAUUAGAGGAAAAGCACCAAGCUAUGGAAGCUGAGAAGAAUCAAAAUGAAACAAGGACUAAGGAAGAGAUGGAGGAAGCUAUCAAACAGUUGAGGAAGAGUUUAACGUUCAAAGCAAGCCCUAUGCCUACCUUUUACCAUGAGGGGCCUCCGCCUAAGGUUGAAUUGAAGAAGCCUCCACCUACACGUGCGAAAUCUCCAAAGCUGGGCCGGCGAAAGAGCAACAAUGGUGCAAUUAAGUUAGGUGAAGGGGACAAGGAGAAAAAAGCUGUUGCUCAACAAAAGCAUCACACACUGAAGACCAACGACUAUGGUAGGAGUGAUGUAAAUGAUGAAAGCAGCACAUAUGACCUCAACAACAAGGCCAAUCACACUCAAGACGUAAAUGUGAUCAAAGUAACUGGAUAAGCAGACCUGGAGAACAACAGCCCGUGAAGUUUUCAGUGAGAUUUGUGUUUCACUUAUUUUAAUUUUAAUUUAUGAGUCUCUGGGGAUUGUGGUCUUGUUUCUCACAAGUAUUAUGAAGCAUGUUUCACUUUGUUUCCUCUUUUAACUUAUAUGCACUUGCUGCUGUGUGCAUUAUGUAAGUAAUGGAAUUGUUUAUAUGCAAUUUAAUUCAACUUAUUUGUAAAAGGAAAUCCUAUUUUCUUAAAAGAGCUAUUUAAGCA